AUGUAUUUCUAUCCCAAAGCCAAGAUACUUUCCAGUUCCUGUGCUGUGAUUCUGCAUUCAGCACAGCUAAGGCACUACGGGCAAGCAGCGAAUAAACCCUAUCCCGCAGUAACAAGGCAGCGAGCUCAAGAAUUCCCGAGAUGGACGCUGAUAAGCACUAAGAAGUACUUGGAAGAAAACAGAGCAACAAGGGAGAGGAACCUGUGGGCAGACUUGGGGAUAUUUUCAAUUUGGUCUGCAAGCGCAGAACGGGAGCGAAACGUAACGCCAGACCACUUAGCUAACGAUCGCAAUUAUGAAUCGAAAGACAAGUCAGCGGUCCCCCAGCCUCACCGGGUCUCCGCCCCCAGCCCCGGCGCGGGCGGCGCCGCGCCCCACCUGCUGGCUGCAAGCGUCUUGGCUGAUUUGCGCGGCAGCUCUGGAGAAGGCUUCGGGGCGAACUUGGAGGAAGCUCUGCGCGACUCGUCUGGCUCCUCCGACCCGACCCAGUGCUCGGGGCCGCCCCAGGUCCUCGCGCCCGACCCAGCCUCCAGCGCGGAAGCGGUUCCGGGACCCUCGAGCUCAUCUGGCGAGCCCGCCGUCCCAAGUGCGCCAGCGGUCCCGGGCCUGCCUGCAGUCACCUGUGGGGUGUCCGGCGGGGCCCCAGGGGCCAGCCCCGCCCCUGCAGCAGGUCAGAUGCACAGGAGAAAGCCGGCAACACCUGCUGCCAAGCGCCACCAGUGCCCCUUCCCGGGCUGCACCAAAGCCUACUACAAGUCAUCGCACCUCAAGUCCCACCAGCGUACCCACACGGGUGAGCGCCCUUUCUCCUGCGACUGGCUCGACUGCGACAAGAAGUUUACGCGUUCUGACGAGCUGGCCCGCCACUACAGGACGCACACGGGUGAAAAGCGCUUCUCCUGUCCCCUGUGCCCCAAGCAGUUCUCCCGGAGCGACCACUUGACCAAGCACGCCCGCCGCCAUCCAACUUAUCAUCCUGACAUGAUAGAGUACCGGGGGCGUCGUCGCACACCUCGUGUCAAUCCGGAAUCUACCAGUGUGGUGGAAAGUUCUGGCUCUGGCUCUGGCUCUGGCAGGUCUGAAGAGCACCUCUCACCUGCUUCGGAGGCACUGAUGCUCCCAGCUGCUCUCCAGGUAAAGUGCAGAGCUAUUGAAGAUUUUGAGCAGAAACCUGAUGACGUCUGCUGUAAAUUUCAGAGGAUCAUUCUUAAGAGGUUUAAGCAAGGUCAUCUGCUAGGGGGCUGA